UCUAAUUCAGCGACCGAAACGGAAACCGCGAGAGAGCGGUGGCGGCUGCUACAUCUUCGAGCGACUCGGAUUAGGCAAAGGAGUUGAUCAUCCCCCGCUCGGACAGGCGGACGAUCUUCUAGCUUUCGAAUUCGGUUGUCUCCGAGCGCUUGACAUCAGUCACCGUUGGAGCGAGGAUGUCUACACUCAGCGAUCUCAUCAAUAGUGACGCGGUGAAGCGUCUUCUCAGUGACACGUGGGAUGGAACGCCCGUGCAGUAUAUGCAUAGAUAUGAGAUCGAGCGAUUGCCCCUCACAUGUCCCCUCCUCCAACGUCUCGAGCUGCCGGACCGGAACGUUAUCAUGGUUCAGCCUUUCCGCAAAAACUCCCACAGGAAUCACAUGACCCGCUCGAAGAGUUCGGGUUCCUCAACGCUGUACAUCGAUGACGACGAUUCGUAUGACGAGGGUUGUCUCGCAGAACUGACGGGCUGUCCACUUGAGUGGAACCCCACGUUGAACACCCAGACGAUGACUCUGCUGGAAUCCCCGCCCUACGACUCGCAGAUUAACUCGCCUUGCACCCCAGGAGUCGCUCCCUCGUCCUUCCUCCAAGGUUCGGCAACGAACGGAUCUUCGGCAAAUCCGAGCAAUUCAGUAAUGAGCCCUCUCGUUCAGCUACGCGCUCUUCCCGCGGACGAGGCAUCGUCCGUACUAAAUUCGUUGAGCAGUGUGUUGGCCAACUCAGUGGCGUCCACCCCCGACGGCCCUCCUCGACAGGUUCCUCCCGUUUGGAUUCCGUGCGACGGUGCGGAUCCGCAGUAUACUGCCUUCCUAGGACAGCACCGGGCAGAAGGCGUUGCGUCGCGUGUUGUUGUUACGUGCAGGGGUCCUGUUGAAUCAAAGGACUUGCCGACGUAUGGCUGCAUUUUACGCAAGCAUUUCUGGGGCCUCUCCCAACAUCAUUGCCACACCACUACUCAGCUUUCCUCACGCUAUGACGUCCUCAAUAUUUACUCACUUUCCGAGCCCCGGUUCGCAUCGAGUGCGAACGACGUGAUGCAGAUCGAUUGCUGUUGGAAUGGCCGGGCUACGCACCUGCUCCAAGGGCCUGUGAUCGACGCUGUUUGCCACCUGACCGUCCAGAUUUCUCCGGGGAACGAGAAAUCACCGUGUCGAUCGAUUUAUAAAGAAUUAGUACAUUUGCAAAAUCUGGUAAAUUGCCUGAGUUCAGGAGAGAUGUCGUGGCAGAAAGAUUUCUCAUCACCGCCCUUCAUGGAGAAAGUGAAAAACGUCUGUAAGGGGGCUCGGACAGGGGCGAUAAAGCCUACCAACAACGUCAAGCAAUCUGCUCUUGACGCCGCUUGGGACAUGGCUGAUUUCAACAUCUGUAUCGAGACAGUGGUGGCAUCGAAGCGGCAAGCCGUAGACUUCACCGACGAGCUCUGGACGGUGAUCUACGGCUGCGCGAACUAUCAGGAACUAAAGGACGCGCUCUCCUACGUAUUCAAUCAGGUGCAGAGCGGACAGAUAAAACCUUACAUCGCGCCGAAUAACAACACGCAAAUGGCUUCAGUACUUCGCGACAUGUCGGCUCAACUGUGCUCCGAGCCUACGCUUCAGGGUGUAGCCCCCCUGACCCUGGUCGCUGAGAUGGGUCUGCAAAAACUGCAACGAGAUUAUCUCCACGUUUUCAGUGGAUUGGAAUUAGCCAGUGCCGAACAGCUUUCCCCCUUUUUCCGGGGCACAGGUCCCUUGCGUGGACUGACGGAACUGGGUGCCGCAGUUUCGGAGCUUAUGAAAGUCCAAGCUGUGCUGGACAUGGUGAUGCUUUGCAAAACGAAUCUCCACCUCCCUAUCCACUACCUCAGCGGGUACGCUCGCGAAGCCCUCAAGCAAAGCGGUCAAGCUGAACCGAAGCCGCCGCAGCAGCCGCCUGCAGCUUAUCACCGGUUCCGCUUCCCUCUCAAAGUUGCACUCGUCAGAGCUAUUCUGGAUUCCCUGCCGCCCACUGAGUGGACAGCUUCGAUCAAAAGUCGGCAGGGCGCCUACACCGCGCACACAAUCACCCAUAUAUCUCAACGGGCGCCAUUCCAUCAUCUCAGCCGGGACACGACCUACGAGGCUCACUACAACCCUCGAGACCCAGAUUAUUUCUGCACGCUUGUCAGCUGCACGCAAGACAAGCUCCGAUGAGUGUAACGCUUCAACGUACAGCUCUGUGGGUGACGACGGCGAGAAGUCGUCACUCACA